AUGUCCAAAUCCAACGUCCUCAUCUUCGGCGCAACCGGCGCAAUCGGCUCGUACAUCGCAGCAGCCAUCACAAACGCGCGCGAGCACUUCGCCCGCAUCGCAAUCUUCACCUCCCAAAGCACGCUCACCUCCAAAACAAGCGAAAUCAACGCCCUGCGCGCCAAAGGCGUCGACAUCCUCGUCGGCGACAUAUCCAGCAAACACGACGUGCUCAAGGCCUUCGCCGGCUUCGACACCGUCGUCAGCGCACUCGGGCGCGGAGUCAUCGCGCAUCAAAUUGAACUGAUUCAAUGGGCGGAUGAGAGCGAACACAUCAAGCGCUUCUUGCCGUCGGAGUACGGCACCGAUAUUGAGUAUGGACCGCAGAGUAAGGACGAGAAGCCGCACCAACAGAAACUGAAGGUUCGGGCUGCGAUUCGCGAGACCAAUCUGGAGUAUGCGUUUGUUGUUACGGGACCGUAUGUCGAUGUUCCGUUUUAUUUGGGCGCCGGUGGGAAUCCGCGCGGUGGGAGUUGGGAUGUUAAGGCGAAGAAGGCUGUCCUGCUUGGGGACGGGGAGGGGAGGAUUAGUCUUGUUGCUUGUGCUGACGUCGGCAAAUUCGUCGUGGCAACCUUAACGCACUGGUCCAGCGCACGCGGCCGCGCACUGAAACUAAACUCGUUUACCACGACACCGCGCGAGAUCCUGGCUGAGUUCGAGAAGCAGACGGGGGAAAAGUGGGAUGUUGAGUAUACGUCCUUGGACCGGCUCAAGGAGUAUGAGAAGGAGGCGUGGGAGAAGGGCGAGCCCGAUGCGACAGCGUUGACGCUGCGGCGGAUCUGGACGGAGGGCGGAACGUUGUACGAGAAGAGGGAUAAUGGCGAUAUUGAGGAUGAGGAGACGAUGACGCUGGAGGAGGCCGUUCGGGAGGCGAUCAAGGCGCAGACUGCAGGAGUGUAG